GAGGAGUAUGAAUCUUGUUGGUUUUCUUUGGUGGAUAAAUAUGACCUAAGGGAUCACGAUUGGCUUCAAUACAUCUACUCAGAUCGUAGCCAUUGGGUUCCUGUUUAUCUGCGUGACUCUUUUUUUGCUGAAAUGUCUAUAACUCAGCGUAGUGAUAGCAUGAACUCUUAUUUUGAUGGGUAUGUGAAUGCAUCAACCAAUUUAAACCAGUUUUUCAAACUGUAUGAGAAAGCGUUAGAAAGUCGCCUGGAGAAGGAGGUUAAAGCCGAUUAUGAUACCUUGAAUGCCCUUCCUGCUUUGAAAACCCCCUCUCCUAUGGAGAAACAAGCAUCUGAGGUCUACACAAGGAAGAUAUUCAUGAGAUUCCAGCAAGAGUUGGUCGACACUCUCUCUUUCAUGGCAACCAAGGUCGAGGACAAUGGGGAUGUGACAAAGUUCCGAAUUAUAAAGUUUCUUGGUGAGAAAAAAACUUACUAUGUCCAGUUUAAUGUUCUUGAGAUGAAAGCCACAUGUAGUUGUCAGAUGUUUGAGUUCUCAGGUCUUCUAUGUGGACAUGUGUUGGCGGUUUUCAGAGUGUCAAAUGUUCCAACACUUCCCUCUCAUUAUGUGUUGAAGAGAUGGACGAGGAGUGCAAAGAGCUUUGUUACACUUGAGGAACAAGUUCCAGGCUCGUUGAGUGGAUAUUUGGAAUCACAUACUGUUCGGUUUAAUACGUUGAGGCACGAGGUUUUCAAAUUUGUGGAAACAGGGGCGGAAUCAGAUCACACUUAUAGUGUGGCUAUGGCUGCUUUGGGUGAGGCUUCAAAAAAAGUUUCUCUAGCAAAUGAGAAGAUCUCCCUUUUGAGUGGGCGUAACCAAAGUGAAUCAAAAAGUGAUGGUACGAAGGAGGGUACCAAUGCCGUCGAGGAUCAGAAUGUGACCUUCACAAAGCUACCCUCUGAGGAUGACAUGGACAGGAAGAUCCAUGAACUUUCUAAUGAAUUGAUUAUCGCCAAUAGAAAAUGUGAAGUUUACCGUGCAAACCUCCUUUCAGUUUUGAAGGAUAUAGAAGACCAUAGACAAAAACUUUCAAUAAAGGUGCAGAAUAUAAGGAUUGGCAUUAAGGAUAGCCUAUGAAGAUUGUAUUUGCAGCCUUCUAGUUUUAAAUCUUCCUUAAAUUAGGAAUCAUAAGUUAUAUUCGCAGCUUCAAUUCAGAAAGAUUAGUCUUAAUGACUAGCUAUUGUUUAAUUAGAUGGGCAAGUGUAGAUUGUUUAAUUUACCCGCACGGGUAGCUCAGUUGGUCGAGCGGUGGGAAAAAUUGGACGUAGACCGAGGUUCGAAUCCCGCAGCCGCCAAAAGGGGGUUUUCAGAACCUGAAAUAAGGCUGGCCCUCUGGUGCGCACGGGUAAAGGCCUACUGCCGCUUUGCCGACUGAGUCACCGUGAUUUACUCCCCCACCAUCCUGUCGGGUCGGGGUGGAGGGGCCCUUGGGGUUGGGGAUUCAACCUUUUGGACGUAGAUGGGCAAGUGUAAUCUCUAUUGUUAGGUGUGGUGUAUAUAACAUAAUGCUGAGUUUUUGUAUGAGACUUGUCAAUGCUAUCCAGGGUUAGAAACUUAGAUAUGACAUCACAGGCAGCUUGGGCAGCUCAAUGUAUUGGCAAAGCAUCGAAACUGCCAGUAUGGUGUAUGGCGUAUGGCGGUAUUCAAGGAAUUGAAUGAUGCACCUGCCCAGUUUUACUUCUCUUUAUUUUACACUUGAUAUACGCCUGCUGGUUUUGAUAAAAAGCAGCCUCCAAUAGCUAAAUCUAAAGGGAAAAUUUUGGUACUCAUGUAUACCUAAUUUUUUAGUGUGAUAAUUUUUUAUUGUCAUUUUGUAUCUUGCAAGUAACUCGGACAUGAGUAUGUAUAUAUUAAUCCGUAUUAUAAAGGCUUAUCGGGUUACCAG